AUGCCGGAACCAAUUGCCAUCAUUGGAACCGCCUGCCGAUUUCCAGGAGGGUGUGAUAGCCCAAGCAAGCUAUGGGAGCUGCUGAAAAACCCUCGCGACAUUUCCAAAAAGGUUCCUCUCGACCGUUUCAACGUUGAUCAUUACUACCAUCCUGAGGCAACCCACCAUGGUACCACGAACGCCACCAAGUCCUACUUUCUUGAGGAGAACGUAGCCCAGUUUGAUGCGCCAUUCUUCAAUAUACAGCCGAUGGAGAGCGAUGCGGUUGAUCCACAGCAGCGUCUACUUCUAGAGACUGUGUAUGACUCCAUUUGCACCGCGGGUCUGCCUAUGGAGAACCUCCGUGGUUCCUCCACCGCCAUCUAUGUUGGUAUGAUGUGCGAUGAUUGGGCCUCGAUGGUGGCAAGUGAUGUCGAGACCCUGCCAACCUAUACGGCUACUGGUUUAGCUCGGAGUAUCGUGUCCAACCGGAUCUCAUACGUCUUUGACUGGCAUGGUCCCUCGAUGACCAUCGAUACGGCCUGUUCCUCCAGCCUUGUUGCCGUGCAUCAGGCCGUGCAGAGCCUGCGCAGCGGUGAAUCCUCUCUGGCUGUAGCGGCCGGAACUAAUUUGAUUCUCAGCCCUAACAUGUAUGUUACUGAGACAAACCUGCGAAUGCUGUCGCCAAGUGGAAGGUGCGCGAUGUGGGAUCGGGCUGCCGAUGGCUAUGCCCGUGGCGAGGGCGUUGCUGCCGUAGUCUUGAAGACCUUGAGCCAGGCUCUUGCCGAUGGAGAUCACAUCGAGUGUAUCAUUCGUGAGACUGGGGUCAAUCAGGAUGGUCGCACUACCGGACUCACUAUGCCAAGUAAUAUUGCGCAAACCUCACUUAUUCGCGACACCUACAGCCGAGCUGGGCUGGACAUCAAUGAGCCUCGCGAUCGUCCCCAAUUUUUCCAUGCACACGGAACUGGAACUCAGGCCGGUGACCCCCAAGAGGCGGAGGCCAUAUCGACAGCACUAUUUCCCGAUGGCUUGCAGAAUGACACAAAGCUCCUGGUGGGUUCAAUCAAGACUGUGAUUGGGCACACUGAAGGCUCAGCUGGCCUAGCCUCGUUAAUUGGGUCCUCACUCGCCAUGAAGCAUGGUAUCAUACCGCCUAACCUUCACUUUAGUCAAUUAAGCGACAAAGUCGCGCCAUUUUACUCACAUUUACACAUCCCAACUGAGCCUGUGCCCUGGCCGGAGCUGGCUUCCGGUCAGGUCAAGCGGGCGAGUGUCAACAGCUUUGGUUUUGGUGGAACCAAUGCCCACGCCAUCAUUGAAAGUUUUGAGCAAGCUUCUGAAAAGACAUCGGAACUUCAUUCAGUGAUUAAUGUCACACCACUGCUGUUUUCUGCAGCUUCAGAGAAGAGCCUUCGGAACAUGCUCGCCACGUAUUCAAGCUACCUAUCCGCCAACCCUGCGGUUAAUCUCCAUGAUCUGGCAAGUACUCUGAGCACGCGCCGCUCGACACUACCCUACCGAGCAUAUGUUCCAGUCCACGAAAAUGAGGGGCUACCUGGUCAGCUGAACAGUAUGGCGAAUGACUCUCCUAAUGAGUCGGAGCUGAGCAUUCGUCGCCCCCAGGUCAAUAAUCCAGCUAUCCUUGGUGUGUUUACCGGACAGGGAGCGCAGUGGCCGCGGAUGGGAGCCUGUCUCAUCGAGACCUCAACUUUUGCCCAACAAAGAAUUGCCUCGCUUGACUCGAUUCUCCAAAGCCUACCUACAGAGGACCGCCCCGCCUGGACAAUCAAGGAGCAGCUGCUUGCCGGCAAUGAGACUUCGCGCGUGGCAGAAGCAGCAGUAUCACAGCCUCUGUGCCUUGCUAUUCAGGUUGUGCUGGUAGAUAUUCUUCGUGCUGCGGGCGUUCACUUCAAAGCUGUCGUGGGCCACUCGUCCGGCGAGAUUGGAGCUGCCUACGCUGCGGGUCUCCUGUCUGCCGAGGAUGCUGUUCGCAUCGCAUACUAUCGUGGCCUACACGCGAAGCAUGCGUCAUCGCCAAAUGGCGAGAAAGGUGCCAUGAUGGCUGUUGGUGCUUCGCAGCAAGAAGCCCUGGAAAUAUGCGCCGACCCACGCUUCAAAGGUCGUAUUCAGGUCGCGGCAGUGAAUUCCAGUUCUAGUAUCACCCUAUCCGGCGAUGAGGCCACCGUUGAUGAGGUUCUUGAGGUGCUGAAGACCGAGCAGAAGUUUGUGAGAAAGCUGAAGGUUGACACUGCCUAUCACUCAGCGCACAUGCUACCCUGUGCAGAGCGUUACCUACAAUCCAUGAAGUCCUGCGGGAUACUUCCAAGCGAUGGGACAGGUCCUGUGUGGUUUUCUAGUGUUACCGAGGGACAAAGAAUGUCCAAGGCAAAUCUCACAGAAAGCUACUGGGUUGAUAAUAUGUGCAACACGGUGUUAUUCUCUGGUGCAGUCGGUCAAGCUGCUUCGGAGGCUGGACCAUUCGACAUGACCAUUGAAAUUGGUCCACACCCAGCACUGAAGGGUCCAGCAACAUCUACACUUGAGGAGUUUGGAUGUGAAGCCCCCUACACAGGUCUUCUGUCUCGAGCCAAACACGAUGUCCACGAACUGUCCGCGAAUCUUGGUUUUACCUGGAUGCAUCUUGGGUCCGGAAGCAUUAAAUUCGAUGCGGUCGACAAGCUCUUGUCUGGCUUUGAAGCAAACAGGCAGGUUCUCACCACUUUGCCAUCAUAUCCCUUUGACCACCAACGCGAAUAUUGGGCUGGGUCCCGUGUAUCUAACCACCAUAAGUUCCGCCGAACCCCCCCAAACCCACUGCUUGGUACGCAAUGUUCCGAAGCGGGCACUACCCAGGACUUUCAAUGGAGAAACAUUCUUCGUCCGAGCGAGAUAUCUUGGCUCAGUGGGCAUCGGCUGCAGGGUCAAAUGGUUUUCCCGGCCACGGGUUACGUGUCUAUGGCCAUUGAAGCAACGAAGCAGCUCACCACCCAGAAAGAUAUUACUUGUAUCAGGGUUGCUGAUCUUGAAAUCGCUCGCGCAAUUGCUUUCGGUGAUGAUGGAGCUAGUAUCGAAGUUCUCUUCAAUGCAACGGUAGUGGAGACAACUGAAAAAACCAUGACCGCCAAGUUCGCAUGCUACUCUAUAUCAAAUACUGAUGGAAAUGCGGUCCUAAACGCGAAAGGAAAGAUCAUUGCAGAUUUCGGCAGGUCUAGUCUAGCGACACUCGGAACAUACGAGUCAGAUCCCUUCAAUCUGGUUACCGUUGAAGACACGGAGUUCUACCGCUGCCUCACUAAGAUUGGCUAUGAUUACUCCGAGCCCUUCCGCGGGGUUUCGCACAUUCAGCGCAAGCCAGGAUAUGCCACCGGUCUGAUCGAGGACCAGUCUGACCUCUUAUGGGAGGAUAAUGUUACCUUCCAUCCGGGAAUGCUUGACACCGCCCUCCAAACCGUUUUCGCGGCAUGGGCUUUCCCCGACGAUGGCCAGAUCUGGUCCCUUCACGUUCCCACUCGGAUCGACUCGCUGGUAUUCAAUCCCCACUUCAGCCCUCUCGCUUUGGGCAAGCAAGGCUCCUUCAAAUACGAAACAUUCAUUCGCAGCAACAUCCAAGGAAGCGUCACUGCAGAUAUCCACCUAUACACCCCAGAUGGCAAGAACUCAUGCGUUCAGAUUGAAGGUGCAUGCCUCGUUCCAUUCUCUCCAGCGUCUCCUAAAGACGACCUGCCACUAUUCUCAAGCUUCAAGAUGAAACUUGCCGUUCCGGAUGGACAGCUUGCAGCAAUGGGCGAGAUGAUCUCACCUUACGAAGCACAGGUUUACAAGGACAUUGACCGUAUCGCUUUCUGGUAUAUCCGAAAUGCGGCCGAAAUUAUUACCCCAGAAGAGCGUGAUCAGAUUCUGCCCCAUUUUAGAUACUUUAUGCGAUGGUGUGAUCGAAUGAUUGGUAUGGUCUCUCAGGGUGAACAUCCUAAGGUGCCCCCUGAAUGUCUCAACGAUGGGAGAGCAGACAUCAUUGAAGUGCUGAGCAAAUAUGUCGGCCGCAAAGAUAUCCGCUUUGUUGAGGUCGUCGGCGAACAUCUGGUUGAAGUCAUCCGCAGCGGUACCAGCAUGCUAGAACAUAUGAAUCAAGACGGGCUGAUGCUCGCGCUUUACGAAAAUGGACUGGCAGCUGGACCAAAUAACCGCUGGCUGAGUCGAAUCGUCGCCCAAAUCGCGCACCGGUAUCCGGGAAUGCAUAUUUUUGAGAUCGGAGCUGGAACGGGUGCAUCGACAAAGACAAUCUUGCCUGAAGUUGGCUCAGCGUUUGGAACAUAUACUUUCACUGACGUGUCCAGUGGUUUCUUCCCCGAAGCCGAGGAGCGCUUCAAGGAUUAUUCUAACCGUAUGAUCUUCAAGACUUUCAACACUGAAUUCCCACCAAGUGAGCAAGGAUUUACUGAAGGCCAGUAUGAUGUCGUUAUUGCUGCCAAUGUUCUGCAUAUUUCCGCUGAUAUGGAGCAAACCAUGGCGAAUGUACGCCGGCUGCUGAAGCCCGGUGGCUACUUGCUCACCUUGGAGGUAACAAAUUGCGAACUUCUCUUCAGUGGUAUGACCAUGGGGACCCUGCCAGGCUGGUGGGCGGCGGCGGAGACUGGACGACCGUGGGGUCCCAGCUUGACACUGCCUCAGUGGGACUCUGUGCUCCAGAAAACAGGCUUCUCGGGCAUUGAUACAGUGACCCCCGAUAUCAGCGUGUCUCUUCCCGUCACAGUAUUUGUUUCCCAGGCCGUUGAUGAUCGAGUCGCUCUCCUCCGCAACCCUCUUUCAUUGCCAACCGAGGAUAACUUGGGCACCCUGGUUAUUAUUGGCGGCACGACACUAUCAGUCUUCGGACUUGUUGAGGAGGUUAUGACUAAUGUAUCUCGUUUGUUCUCUGCAGUCAUGAUGUUUGAGAUUGUUGAAGAUUUGAUGAUUUCUAGCUCCGAGGUACCUCAUGGGGUUUGCAUUCUCUGCCUGACUGACCUUGAUGAGCCGUUUAUGAGGACAUUGACGCCGCAGAAGUUUACUAGCUUACAGCAAAUGUUUGACGUAGCGGGGACUUUGCUCUUGGUUUCCCGCGGCUCCAGGGCGGAUGAACCAUAUUCCAUGAUGCUGGUGGGCAUCGGGCGAACCAUCAAGACGGAAUAUCCGAAUAUCAAUCUUCAACUGAUCGACAUUGAAGCUGUCGAUGGGUCAACAGCCAAUACCCUGUCUGAAGCUCUGCUUAGGCAUCAUCUUCUGAGGCAAUGGCGAUCUAACAAAGAAGCCCUUCUCUGGUCCUCAGAGCCUGAGGUUGUUAUGCAGGAUCAACGCGCGCUCAUUCCGAGACUGUUGCCCAGCACCGACAAAAACCAGCGUUACAACUCUCACAGACGCGCCAUAACCAAAGAGAUCGACCCCAGACAGACGGCUAUUAGGAUGAUCCAGAAUGGACUGACAUUUGACGUCCAAGAUGUCUCACCGUUGCAACUUCCCGAUACUCCAUCAUCAGAAUGUGUUACAAUCCGCAUCGUUCUCUCCUCAUUCCAAUCUCUCAAGGUUGGAAGCGCUGGCUUCCUCCGUCUCAUCUACGGUGUGACUUCUUCCUCCGAGCCAGUUUUCGCGCUUUCAUCCUCUACCCAGUCCCCAGCAGUUGUACCAUCGAAGUGGUGUGUACCAGUCGCAGGCCUUGCUAUGGGUCCUAGUCCCUCGUCCUUCCUUACUUCCGUCGCUGCCAAUAUCUUGGCGGAGGCGGUUCUGAAAUCUGUGCCAGGUGAUGGAGUGCUCUUGGUGCGGGAGGCAGACGAGCCGUUCAGAUCUUAUCUUGUGCAUAGGGCAGAGUCAUUGGGUGUCAGGGUUGUUUUUAUCACCAGUCAGGACAACAAAGACACCCCCGACAGCUUCUAUAUCCACCCGAGGCUUUCGCAGCAUAAAUUGAAGCAGCUCCUUCCAACAGAUGUCUCCGUCUACGCUGAUCUCUCUAGGGGUGCUGAAACAGAUUCCCUAUCUGAACUGAUCGACAAGUGCCUCCCGUCUCAAUGCAUCCACAUAAAGCGAAGCUCUCUCCUCAAUAAUGAUAUCGCUGAUCCCCAUCCGCGCUUUGGUGACAUGAUCAGUCAGCUUCUUCAGCAGGCAAUCCAAACUUGCACAUAUCCCGCAGAGGCCAUCACAAUUCCUCUGAGUCAAGUCUCCGAUCAUUCUGUGUUGGAGCCCUUGACCGUGGUUGACUGGUCGAUCGAAUCUGUUCCCGUCAAAGUUCAGCCAAUCGAUUCAGGUAUUAUCUUCAGACCCGAUCGAACAUACUUCUUUGUUGGUAUGGCUGGCGAGCUGGGUCAGUCCCUAUGCGAGUGGAUGAUUUUCCACGGAGCCAAGUACAUCGUCUUGAGUAGCCGGUCUCCAAGGGUCAACCCGAAGUUCAUCGAGGCGAUGGCGCAGCAAGGAGCUACAGUCAGAACAUUGCCGCUGGAUAUUACAAGCCGAAGGUCACUCUGGUCUUGCUACGGAGAGAUUAGCCGCACCAUGCCCGCCGUUGGUGGCGUCGUCAACGGUGCCAUGAUCCUUCAAGACAGUGUUUUCGAAAACAUGACUCACGAGCAGUUCCUCAGAGUUAUCAAGCCUAAGGUCGAAGGCACUAAGCUAUUGGAUGAACUGUUCCAUGACACGCCACUGGACUUCUUCAUUGUCACUUCUUCUAUCACCGCAGCCAUCGGCUUCGGCGGACAGAGCAAUUACUCGGCAGCGAACACUUUUAUGACCUCCCUCAUGUACCAGCGCAAGAAGAGAGGAGUCCCUGGUUCCGCUAUGGACAUAACGGGUGUUCAUGGUGUUGGCUACGCCGCCCAGGAGGAUAACUUUGACUUUGAGUAUUUCACUACACUCGGCUACAACAAUAUGUCGGAGAAGGACUUCUGCAUACUCUUUGCAGAGGCAAUUCUCUCCGGUCGACCAGACUCACUUGACGAGGCUGAGAUUGUAUCUGGUGUUAAUUACGUGUCACCCGACUUGGAUGUUCCCCAGACCCAUACCAGAGACAUCAAAUUCUCCCAUUACAUCCUGACUACGGAAGAAGGAUCCAACGUCGGCGGCGGCAAGGCUGCCGCACAAGUGCGGGUACAGUUGCAGGGAAUGACAAGCGAAGAUGCAAUUUAUGAGAUUGUUAAAGACUCCUUUGUCGUGAAUCUCAAAAAGGUUCUCCAGAUCUCGGCCGACGAGGACGUUAAUCUCUCGACGCCUCUUGUGGAGCAGGGGCUAGACUCACUUGUGGCUGUGAUGGUCCGCUCGUGGUUUUUGAAAGAGAUAGAGGUUGAUAUUCCGGUUUUAAAGAUCCUUGACGGCAGCUCGAUUUCUGAUCUCAUCCAACUUGCCAUUUCCAAAAUACCUGCAUCUAUCACUUGUGCAGAGGAGACGAAGAGCUACGCUGACACCCCCAGCGCGUCGUCGUCGUCUCCACCGCCACUCGAAAAGUCCAGGUUUAACCGUGCCGCCUCUGAGACACCUAGUGACUCUACAUCCAGCUACUCACCACUGCAAACUCCAGAUGAAAGUCUAACAUCAUCCGUCGAACUAUUGACUCCAGCCGAGCUCCUUGAUUCCAAAGAACUAGGGGGGCCAGAUGGAUUAGCCAGGUCGGAACGAGACUUGAUAAUUCACUCCUCCCGUAUCGUAAGGGAGCCUAUGUCUUUUGGGCAAGCCAGGUUCUGGUUCCUGCAUCAUUUCUUGAAGGAUAAGACACCAUUCAACUUUUCGACAUCUGCACGCCUAACAGGUCACCUCCGGAUCUCGGCCUUUGAACGAGCUCUGAACACCUUGGUUCAGCGACACGAGAGUCUACGUACUAGAUACCUCUGGUCGGAUGGAGACACCGGCACACCGAUGCAGGAAAUUAUCUCCCGUCCUCUACUAAAAUUGGAGACCAAACGCAUAUAUUCAGAUGCUGAUGCAGUCGACGAACUGGAGAGGUUGCAGAACCACGAAUAUGAUCUGGAAGACUGGGGAUCUGUCAGAGCUAUUCUCCUUACUCUCUCUGAUACUGUUCACUACUUCCUCAUCGGCUGUCAUCAUAUUGCCCUGGAUGGACAAAGCAUGCACCUUCUUUUCUUGGAGCUCGACGGUUUGUACAACGGGAAAGCUCUUCCUCAGAUCACAGAUGCCUCGCAAUACAGAAUGUUCGCUAGCAGACAGAAAGAAGACUACGAAUCUGGGGUAAUGCAGGCUGACAUCGAUUUCUUCCGUGAUAUCAUUCGUGAAAGUCCGGGUGCAAUUGACCCAUUUUCGUUCUCGCACCUCUCGAAGCGGAAAGUUUUGGAUAACUACCGGCAACAUCGUGUGUCGACCCGGCUAGAAGCUGGGUUAGCUAGCAAGGUCAAGCAAAUUGCCCGCAAGCUUCACAGCACGAAUUUCCAUUUCUACCUCACUAUUCUCCAAGCGCUCGUCUUCCGACUCCUUCCCGACACCAACGAAUUCUUUGUCGGAAUCGCGGACUCGAACCGAGUAGACAAAGACUCCAUCAACACGAUCGGCUGUCUCGUGAAUCUGCUACCGCUCAAAUUCAACCGGGCAGAGUCAUCCAAACUCGAUCAAGGCGUCAAGCUCACCCGGAGCAAGGUCUAUUCUGCUCUCCAGCACUCGCGGGUCCCAUUCGAUGUUCUUGUGAAUGAGCUCGGAAUCGACCGUUCCGCCAUGCACACCCCAAUCUUCCAGAUCUUCAUGGAUUACCGGCUGAGCGACCACGAGAAAUCGCGCCUUGCCGGUUGCGACGCGGACCUUUCUUGGAAUAACGCCGCUACAGGUUAUGAUUUGCAACUGGAGGUGCUCGAUACCGUUGCUGGAGAGUCGCUGGUCGUUUUGAAAGUGCAAGAAGCCCUCUAUUCCAAGGAAGCAGCGGAGUUGCUGCUUGGUGCCUUUGUGAAUCUCCUGGAACAGGCCACAAAAAAGCCUGCCGAUCAUGUUGAUCUGUCAUCGCCUCAGCUAUGGUCAGAGAAAGAUAUUGAUGACGCGUUAGCUGUGGGAAAGGGCCCGGAACUAGACCUUGAAUGGCCAGCAACAGUCGCACACCGCGUCGAGGAGAUGGUUAAUGCACACCCUGACGUCAUAGCCAUCAAGGAUGGACAUGGAAAGGCGCUCACCUAUAGCGCAAUGUCCGACCGAGUCAACACAAUCGCUGCCACCAUCCUUGACCAUGUCUCUGAGGGUGACAGUGUUGGCGUGUUCCAAGAGCCAAGCGCUGACUGGAUUUGUUCGCUACUCGCUAUUUUCCGUGUUGGGGCAGCCUAUGUUCCCCUAGAUCUGAAGAAUGGUCUGCAGCGGCUUGCAGGUGCUGUUGACGUCGGCCGCCCGCGAGUUAUCCUCCAUGACAAGUCGACAGAGGCUCAAGUGCCGGAUCUUCAGGCAGCAGAGGCAGUCAUCGUCAACGUUUCUGAUAUCCACACGAGCCCCGGUGCCAAAGUACCUAACAGAGCCCGGGCAGAGUCCACUGCAGCUAUUCUGUUCACCAGCGGGUCCACGGGUGUCCCCAAGGGCAUUGUAUUGCCCCAUUCCUGCUUUGCAGCGAAUGCCGAGGCAGUCAAAGAACCUGAGAACGCUGGUCCGAUCGUGGUUCUCCAACAAAUCGCCCUCAGCUUUGACUUCUCUCUGCAUCAAAUCUUCACGGCUCUUGCCAACGGGGGAACCCUCUGCGUGGCUUCGUCUGAGCAACGCAGUGACCCGUAUGAAAUUACCAAGAUCAUGGAGCAAGAGGAAAUUACCCAUACCCUGGCCACACCGACCGAAUAUGGUAUGUGGUUCGACGCGGGGUCGGACAUUCUUUCUCGGUGCUCUUCCUGGAAAUUGGCGCUUGUCGGUGGUGAAGCCUUGCCAAAGUCAAUUGUUCGACGCUUCCGGGAUUUGAACUCGAGUAGCCUCAAGCUCUGCGAUUUCUAUGGCCCUGUGGAGGCCACUAUUGCCCUUACGAAAGGCGAAGUCGAUUUUGCGCUUGCUGAUACUGAACAACCAAUUCCAGUCGGAAGCGUUCUCCCCAACUACUCUGUCUGCAUCCUAGAUGAAGCGUUACAGCCUCUACCGAUUGGUGUUCCCGGGGAAAUUGUCGUUGGCGGGCCCGGAGUCGCGGCAGGAUACCUCGGGCAAGAAGAGCUUACAAACGAGAAGUUCAUCCCCGUUCCAAGCAACAUGCAGGAUAAACGCUCUGAGUCGCAUGGGUGGAACAGACUAUAUCGGACCGGUGACCGUGGGCGCCUCAACAAGGAUGGCACCCUCAUCUAUGAGGGCCGGAUCAACGGGGACGAUCAGAUUAAGCUUCGUGGCAUCCGCAUCGAGUUGGGAGAGAUCGAGAAUGCUAUUUUGAAAGUCGCAGGUAGCAAGGUCUCUCAGGCAGUUGUCGCCGUCCACGGCGAAGACGCCGAGAAGUUCUUAGUGGCUUAUGUUGUUCUUUCAUCACAGUCCGAGUCUAGUGACAAGCUUUUCAUUGAUAUCAAUGCGGCACUACCCCUCCCCAAUUACAUGCGACCUUCACUGUUCAUUGCCAUUGACAGCGUCCCAAUGAACGUGCAUGGAAAGACCGAUCGCAAGGCUCUUUACAAUAUUCCUCUGCCAGAUAUUCUGAGCUCAGCUCCCUCUGAGCCAGGUCAGAUGAAUGGCCAGGAAAAGAAACUCUGUCAAUUAUGGGAAGAGAUAUUGGUGGCAUCGGGUGCUACCAUCAGCGCAGAGACGGACUUCUUCCAUGUCGGAGGAAACUCGCUCCUGCUUGUCAAACUCCAAAGACGACUCAAGGAAGCCUUCGGAUUUUCGCCACGACUCGCUGAUCUCAUGAACUCUAGCACAUUGGGUGACAUGGCGCGCCUUCUAGAAGACACGGGUGCAAGUGUGGUCAACUGGGAGGCUGAAAUGUCUGUGCCGGCAUCGUGGGCUGAUCUUGCACAGAGUGCCACGACCCUUGCGCAAAAUAACAACAUGACGGUGGUUCUAACAGGAGCAACUGGGUAUAUCGGUCGCCAUCUCCUCCCGUCUCUUCUUGAAAGCCCCCAGGUAUCCAGAGUGAUCUGUCUUGUCCGUGACAAGACCAAGCUACUCACCAAAUCUGAGAAGGUUACGGCCAUCUCCUGCAAUUUCGCCAAUGCCAAUCUUGGUCUGACUUCCGAUGAGCUCAGCUACUUAUCUGAUAGUGCCGACAUCAUGGUGCACUGUGCUGCUAAUCGGUCUUUCUGGGAUGACUACCAGGCGCUGAGAGCUGUCAACUUCCAGUCCGUCCGUGACAUCACUCGUCUGUGUAUCCCACGCCGUAUACCCCUCCACUUCUUUUCGUCCGGCGCUGUCGCCGACCACGCGGAUAAGAUGGCUGCCGGGGAUGUCUACGAUGGCUAUUUGACUAGUAAAUUGGCGGCCGAAAGGUUCCUUCAUACCGUGUCGAAGCAGUUUGAUCUUCCAGUGUACCUCCACAGGCCAAGCGCAGCAUCGGCAGACACGCCCUACACAGUCGACUCCGUCGUCCAACAAGACUUUGUCGAAUGUGCCCAGCGCGUCGGUGCACGGCCCGAUCUCGAGGGUGCAUCCGGCCACAUGGAUCUCAGUCCGACGCCCGGCUUCAUCGCGAGGACAUCCGAAGCUAUUCUGACCAAGAGUCAAGAUAUCAAUAGCGAUGCGCCCAUCUUCGCAGAAGUGCUAUACACCCCCAACCACCGGUUCGAUAUCAAGGGCUCCACUGCUGCUCUGAGCGAUAACCCCGUAUGGGCAUCGCUGCCUGCGAUGGAUAUGCUGCAGUGGAUGGGGAAGGCGAAGCAGAACGGGUUCCCAUAUGUGCUGACAGCCCAGCAUAUUUUGAUGGGUUCGAAGACUGGGCAGGUAGUUACUAGGCGCUAG